UGACUUGUCAAAACAAGGACAAAUAAAGUACGCCAGGGUAGAAGUCCAACCACACCGGCAACUUGCAAGCCCUCCGGUAUGUUGGCAUGAUGGCCUCGGAAACGUCUAACGCUUUGCCUAUCGGGCAUGGGGCUUUUUUGGGCGACACAACGGAUUCUCUCCUUCACGCCCCGAGUAGUCACGCGAUCGGGAGCGUGGUUGGUACUGACGAGGAGGAACACGAGAGGGACACGGAAGAUGACAGUGAAGAUGGUGAGGAGAAUGUCGAGGAUUGCACCGUAGGAUCAACUGGGAAUGGGGUCGGCAAGAGUGCCCAUGGAGAGGAUGAAGACGACAGAGAGAACGAGGAGGGUGAAGAAGAUGACGAUGACGAUGAAGAACCUACUUUGAAAUACGAGAGAAUGAGUGGUCCUAUCAAUGAUCUCCUCAGGAAAGACUCGAUUUCAGCAAUUUCAGUCUCGAACAAAUUCAUUGCCGUCGGUACUCAUAGUGGGAUUGUGCACGUCCUCGACAUGACCGGUAAACGUAUCAAAUCAUAUAAGCCUCAUCAGGCGUCGAUUAGUGAUAUGGAAAUGGACAACACGGCUGACUUCGUCGCCACUGCUUCUAUUGAUGGACAGGUGGUGAUUCAAUCGCUGUCAACACAGGAGUCCUACAUGUUUGACAUGAAACGCCCCAUUCGUACUGUCGCGCUGGAACCAAACUUCGCAAAGAAGAGUACUCGUGCCUUCAUUUGUGGUGGUAUGGCUGGAACACUCGUUUUACGGGAGAAAGGUUGGCUCGGCCAUAAAGAGUCCGUCCUUCAUUCGGGAGAGGGUCCUAUUUGGAACGUAAGGUGGAGGUCCCAUUUGAUCGCUUGGGCGAAUGAUCUUGGGGUUAAGAUUUAUGACACGCAAUCCCACAUGCGUAUUACUUAUAUUGACCGAGGCCCCGAUAGCCCUCGAGCUGAUCUGUUCAAAUGCACACUGCACUGGCAAGACGAUACCACAUUACUUAUUACAUGGGCAGACCACAUUAAAGUCGCUCGGGUACGUGCACGUCCGCGUACGACAACUGCAUCGGCCAAUGCCAACCUCCCAUCGCUUAUCGUCGAAGUUACGGCCGCCCUCCAGCUUGAUCGCAUGAUAUCUGGCAUUCUUCCGCAUCCCAUGUCACAUUCUGCGCCUAAGAAGGAGAAUGGCUCUAUCGCUUCUCUCACUACUCUGACCUCGUUCCUUGUGUUGGCAUAUGAACCACCAGACAACUUCGGGGACGAAAUGACGGAUGACCCCGCUCGUCAAGCACGCAAAACUGCAGAACGACCGGAGCUACGAGUUAUCUCGCGAACUGGAGAAGAGCUUAGUGCCGAUGCACUUAAUGUCACCGGGUAUCAGUCAUGGGGAUGUAACGAUUACCUUCUUGCUGAGGUCGAUAUGGGAGGCCAUGAAACUGAUCGGUGUUACAUAGUUGGUAGCCCAAAGGAUAUCGUCUUCGUGCGGCCGAGAGAUAGAAAAGAUCAUAUCGCAUGGCUAGUUGAGCGUCAGCGGUAUGAAGAAGCACUGGAUGAAGCCGAGAAACUUGGCCAAGAUGAACAAACCUCCGAUUCGGCAGGGUACAAGGUUGAUGUCGUUUCCAUCGGUGAACGUUAUCUCCAGUAUUUAGUUGGGGAAGGUGAUUUCGUGAAGGCUGCUCGGUUGUGUCCUAAAGUGUGCGGUCAAGACGUCAAACGAUGGGAAGACUGGAUAUUUGUAUUUGCACAGAGCAGGAAUUUGCAGGCUAUUAUUCCCUUCAUACCCACAGUUGCGCCACAACUCAGUCACCUAGUAUACGAAAUGAUUUUAGGUUACUUCAUAAGCCACGACAAAGAGGCCCUACUACGAACUAUCCGAGACUGGCCGAAGUCGAUAUACGAGAUACCGUCGGUCAUUGUUGCAGUCCAAUCGGAGCUGGAGAGAAUACCCAUGUCCUCCUCUUUGAAAACUUCUAGUGCGGAUGCAGUUUGGUUGAUGGAAUGUCUUGCAGACCUAUUUACCGCAAAUCGCCAACCGGGGAAAGCACUGCAAUACUUCCUGAGACUUCGCCGACCCAACGUCUUCGACCUGAUUCGUGAAAAUAAUCUAUUCACGGAUGUCAAGGACCAGGUGCUACUUCUUGUUGAGUUUGACCAGGAGCUUAAUGGUAAACGCGAGGAGGAAGGAGUCGAUACCACCCAGACCAGAAGCGAAGCUAUUUCGAUGUUGGUUGACCAUACCCAUUCGAUUCCUGUCGACCGUGUCGUACAGCAAUUGCGUGCUCGGCCGUUCUACUUGUUCCUCUACUUGGAUACACUUUUCAAGAAAGAUCAGAACCUUGCCUCAGAUUUUGCGGACGUCCAAGUUAAAUUGUUUGCGCAAUAUGCGACUUCGAGAUUGAUUGAGUACCUGCGAGCAAGUAGUUACUACAACCUCGAGGCUGCAUAUGAUAUUUGCAAAGGCCGUGACCUUGUGCCUGAGAUGGUCUUCCUUCUUGGGCGGAUGGGCAACAACAAGCAAGCUUUGACCCUCAUCAUCGAGAGAAUAGGUGAUGUUCAGCAGGCUAUCGAGUUUGCCAAAGAACAGAACGAUGACGAUCUUUGGGAGGAUCUUCUCAAGUACUCGGAAACUCGACCAACAUUCAUCCGUGGUCUGAUUCAGAACGUCGGCGCAGAGAUCGACCCCAUACGCCUGAUUCGACGAAUUAAGAAUGGCUUAGAAAUACCGGGGUUGAAAGAAGCUUUGAUUAAGAUUCUGCAUGACUUCCAGCUUCAGAUAUCGCUUCUGGAAGGUUGUCAGAGGAUACUGAACGGUGACUGCUCGGACCUAGCGAGAAUUCGUCAGAAAGGCCAGAACGGUGGUUUCUUCCUGAGUGAGAAGGCUGUAUGCCCGCUGUGUACGGAGCUCUUGCGACGUUCUCCCCAAGAUCUUCUGUUACUCUUUCUUUGUCGGCACAUCGUCCAUGCAAGCUGUAUCGAUGGUACUGACAACCUUUCAAGAUAUGUCGAUGUCGGUUUAGAUGUCAAUCUACGCGUCUCUCCAGCUCAUGACCUGAGCGCGAAGAUUGCUUUUGCGUCGGUUGUCCGAGCAAAGAUUCUCCAUGGGUGCCCUGUUUGCCAUCAGCAGGGAGAAGGGCACGUAUGCUGAAUCUUCUGGAUUUUUGAGGGUUUCCCUGUCUUAUCUGGGUCGUGACGUACUGCGUGAUAUCCAUCUUGUUAGGCCUGUUGAGCAUUCACUAUCGCGACGCGCCCGUGUACUGUGAUGUUCCACACCGAUGUGGUUAAUGUGUAUAUAGGAGGGUGCUGCUAAUUUCCAAUGCAUGCGGAAGGUUUUCCUCGAGCCCUACAAUAGGCCCAACAUUUAUUUAGCUUUGGAUGUGCUGCUAUCCAUGGCACUGAAUACUUUUUAUACGAG